CCACCUCUCUCCCCCCUCUGCGCCGCGCCGCCGCGCCUCUCUCACAAUGGGCCGCAAAGCCGAGGUGCAGCGCAUGCAGCUCGAGAAGCUCAUGGGCCCCGAGGCGAUGGGCACGGCGACGACGACGCUGCACUUCACCGACGACAAGGUGUGCCGCAACUUCCUCUGCGGCACGUGCCCGCACGAUCUGUUCAGCAACACGAAAGUCGACCUCGGCACAUGUCCCAAGUCGCAUACUGCACGCCUCAAGGACGAGUACGACGCCGCCGUCGCCAAGGGCGAGGCCUUUCCCGCCUUCGAGGUCGAGCACGAGGACUCGAUCCGCACCUUCAUGGCCGACAUCGACCGCAAGAUCGCCGCCAACAAGCGCCGCAUCGACAUCUCGCCCGAGGAGACGGCCAAGUUCACGACGCUGCUGCGCGACAUCCAGGACGUCGACGCGGCCGUCGCGGCGGCGGAGAAGGAGGUGGAGCGCCUCGGCGAGGCGGGCCAGAUCGACGAGUCGCUCGCCGAGCUGCAAAAGGUCGAGGCGCUCAAGCAGGAGAAGGCCGACCGCGAGCGCGAGCUGCAGGUGCUCAGCGACUCGGCCGGCGCGUCGGGCCACCAGAAGCUGCGCGUGUGCGACGUGUGCGGCGCCUACCUCUCCAUCCUCGACUCCGACCGGCGUCUCGCGGACCACUUCGGCGGCCGCAUGCACCUGGGCUACCUCAAGCUGCGCGAGGUCAUCACGGCCUUCGACGAGCGCCGCGCGGCGGGCAAGGACCCGCGCCUGGCGCUGGCGGCACAGCGCUCCAACGGCGCGCCGCCGCCGAUGAACGGGCACGGCGGCCCGCCGGGCGGCGGUGGCUACGGCGCCCCGCCGCCGCCACAGGCCGGCGGCUAUGGCUACCGGCCACCGCCGCAGCACCACGCCGACUAUGCGCCGCCCGCCGACUCGGGCUACGCGCGGAGGGGCCCGCCGGCCGGACCAGGCAUGGAUCGGGAUCGGAGACGGGAACGGUCGCCGCCGCCGCGUUCAUCGGGCUACCGCGACGACAGAGACCGCGACCGCGGCGGCUAUCGGCGGUAGCGCGAGGUGAGGCGCGUAGAGAUACGGGCCUGGGUCAGCGUCUGGAGGGCGGCGCAAAUGCGACGUGUCUGCAACGGCAAGCGACGGCGCGUCGUCGAGAGAAGUGGAGAGCGUGACAUUGAUGGGGAUGCGGGCCGGGAUGAUGUGGGUGUCCAUUGCGCGGCCCGCUCGGGCAGCCGGUCAGGCGCACGGCUGGUUGUUUUGGCGACGCUGCGUCUCGAGAGAGCGAGAGUCAUCGGCGAGGGCGCAGGUGCGCACAGCGCGACACUCGGGGCGCCUGGUCCGUCAUCAAUGCGAGCACAUGGCGCCGCUCGCAGCCAAAAGCGCUGCGCCGGGCAGCUCGUGCCCGCGGUGAGGGCGCUUGUGUGCCGCGAGGUUGCC